AACCGAACAACUGGAGAAGCACAUGGCCAGAAUCCCAGCAGGCGCUGGUCUCUCCCAGCCAGUGGACUCCUUUGGGUGGGCUUGGUGGUCGGAGGGGGGGUGAUCUUCCUCUGGAAAAGGAGGGCUGCUGGUUGAGCCCCGGUAGCCGGCCCAGGGCUGCUCAGAGCCUCAACCCUGCCUUUCCUUCAAUUCUGGCUUCCAGAGAUCCUGCGUCCACACAACCAGGAGAAAAAGAAACACGCUUUGUAUUUAAGCCCUCCUAGACCCACAGCAGACAGGCCUGCUCCCAAGGCUUUUCCUAAGCCUUUUGGGAAGUGGGAAAUCAAAAAAUCAAGGUUUGGGGCGGAAUCAGAAAAUCAAGCUGUAAUAUCCGUGUUUGCAAAGGAAUAUUUCUGUAAUAUUGGAGAGCAAAGCAGAAAUAAAUCUGGCAGAAACAGGAUUUUGUGAGUGAUUGUCUUGCAAAAAACCACUUGCAAAGGUGUGAGCAGAAGCCAGGCUGUCUGUGCUAAUCCCAACGGGUGGCUCUUCUGAAAGGUCUCCACAACAAAUCCUUUUUGCAACAAGAACGACACCUUCAUUCUCCACUGGGCUUUGCAGGGUGUUAUCAAGGAAUUAGCAUAAUUAGCUUCAACUCCAAGAUCCUUGGCCAGGAGAGGGGGCUCCUGCCUCUCGGAAGGCAACCGGCGAGCAUCCGUUGCAGGAAAUAUCCCUUGAACCUGUGUGUUACUUCAGAAAGGGGUGGCCAUUCAUUUAUACAUUGUCUGUGCAAUUUUCUGCAUCACACACACUCCUCUGAUGUUACACACGCCUGGAAAGGCUGAGGUUUUCAAGCUUCCGUUUUUCUUUAUAAACUCAAGCAUCUGGUCCUCAUGUUUCAUCAACACUUCAUUGAUAUAUAAUUACUUUCUGCACCGUUAUAUGGAUGUCAUUGGUCCUUUCUGCACCUUGAACCAUCGGUCUCCCGAGUCUCCUUUGCUGUCAGGGGUGGCGGUGGUCAACCUGGCGCCUUUUUCUCUCGCCCCUUCUGGUCAGCAAUUUCCGUUUGGCCGCCGUUUGCCCUGCGACAUCUAUUGGCACGCUGUCUCCUUUCACGACAAUGUCAUUUAUUCGGGACAAGUCAACAAAUUUCCAGGCAUGACUGAAAUGGCACGGAAGGUGAACCUGAGUCGCGCCAUGAGAACGAUGCAGGAACUUUUCCCGGAAGAGUAUAAUUUCUAUCCCCGUUCCUGGAUCCUUCCGGAGGAGUUUGCCAUCUUUCUCACCGAGGUAAACCUGAUGAAGGAGAACCACCCCAGGUGGAAACCCACCUUCAUCGUGAAGCCUGACGGCGGCUGUCAGGGGGACGGGAUCUACCUCGUGAAGGACCCCACGGAGAUCCGGCUGAUGGGCAACUUGCAGAGCAGGCCGGCCGUGGUCCAGGAGUACAUGUCCAAGCCCUUCCUGAUCGACAAGCUGAAGUUUGACAUUCGCCUCUACGUCCUGCUCAGGUCCCUGGACCCCCUGGAGGUCUACGUGGCCAAGGACGGGCUCUGCCGGUUUUGCACGGAGCCCUACCAGGAGCCAUCCCUGAGGAACCUCCACCAGGUCUACAUGCACCUGACCAACUACUCCCUCAACAUCCACAGCGGGAAUUUUGUCCACUCGGACAGCGGCAACACCGGCAGCAAGCGGACGUUUUCCAGUAUCCUGGGCAAGCUGUCUUCUGCCGGUGUCAACAUCCGGAAGAUUUGGUCCGACAUCGUCUCGUUGGUCAUCAAGACCGUGAUCGCCAUCGUGCCUGAGCUGAAGGUCUUUUACCAGUCUGACAUCCCGGUGGGCAAACCGGGACCCUCGUGCUUUCAAAUUUUAGGGUUUGACAUCCUGCUGAUGAAGAACCUGAAGCCCGUCUUGCUGGAAGUCAACGCCAAUCCAAGUAUGAAGAUUGAGCAUGAACAAGAGGUUUCUCCAGGAGUUAUGGAAUACAUCCCCAGUCCGGUCGAUGAAGAAGUCAAGGUGGCCGUUAUCCGGGACACCCUCCGCUUGGUGGAUCCUCACAAGAAGCAGCAGCAGCAGCCGGGGGAGCAGGCUUCAGCUGAACCGGUGGAACUGACAGACAAGGACAGCUUCCUUGAGGAGGAGCUGCAGAACAAGCCCGAGCUGGGGGAGAGCCCCCCGCCAGUAGCCGAGCCCCCCGCCCUCUGCCUAAAGGAGGUCUUCCCCAAGCACGCCAAGCAGUUCAGCUACCUGAGGCUGGUGGAGCGGAUUGCCGCCCUCUUCAUCCGCUUCCUGGGGGUGAAGGGGACCACCAAGCUGGGGCCCACCGGCUUCCGGAUGUUUAUAAGGAACAGCAAGAUCAGCAACAGCGGCUUCAGCAUGGCUGCGGGGGACAUUCUCUACAUUGACAUAACCCGGCGGGGCAUCGGGCCCAGCAUGGACCAGCGCGAGGCUGGAAUGAGCCUCCCAGCCUUCGUGGAAGCGGUCUGCUUCCUGGCCCAGAGGAGAUACAAGUCCCUGUCGCUUCACGAGCAGGUGGAGCUUCUCCUCGACUUCUGCGAAUACAACCUGGCUGUGCUGGACGAGAAGCGCCUGGCCUGCAGCCGAAGCCUCUCCGGCACCCAAGCCACUCUGGUCACCUGCUCCCAAGACCGCCUGCAGCUCAGCCCCACCACGCCCGGCUCGAUUGCCUUCCAGAGAAGCCAGAGGUUUGUCGACUGCAGGAGCUGCCAGCCCUGAAGAGGACAUCCUUUGUUGGGAGGACAUGAAGGUCUCACUGGCCUGAUGCCCAGCCUGUGCGGCAGGAAGGGGAGCCGUGCCCAGCCCUCCCUGAAGGCACAUUGGGGGUUUUUGGAGGUGGGGGCUGCGUGGCCAAACCCCUCCUGGCAGGGCCUGUUGACGCAUCGUCGGAACGGAGGGCCAAGCGGCUCCCGGAUCAAAGCAGCUCUUCUCUGGACACGCAGAACUGCCUGCUUUGCCCUGGACCCAGCCAGGAACCCCUUGCUGGAGGGAGCCCAGGGUCCGUGGGCUGGGGAGGGGGGUUAGGUGGGAUGGGGAGAUGUUAGGAGAUUGGUGGUGCACAAAAGGUAGAAAUGAUGAAGAGCUUAACGUACACUGAACUAAAAUCCUAUUUAUGUAUGCCAGCUGCUUUGCAAGCGUUGUCUUCAUUGGGAGGGGCCCGGGGGGGCAGAAGGUGGCAUGGGGAUGCUUGGGUUGCAUGAAGGAGGAGACAUCCCCCAUCCAGAUGUGGAGCUGCCACUCAAAAAGAAUUGGGGGCGUUCUCCCUCUGUUCAAUAAGGGGCCCUCACAGCAAAGCCUCUGUUCCCCUCCAGAGCCUGGCCAGGUGGCAGGAUUUGGUGUUGGUCCUCCUCCUGGCCAAAGCAUCCGGGGGUCUCUCUCCCCCCUCCCCUGUUCCCAGGCUGGAAAAGGCUUCUGCAGAACGCCUGCAGCCCUUGAUGCAAUCCCUAGUCACUGGGGGUUUAUGCCUCUCGUGGGAAUAAAGCUGGGGGGUCUUUCAGCUCGGUAGCUGGGCCUCCCCUCUCACACACUGCGAAGCCCGCUUGCGCCUUGUGCCCUGUGGGAGCCUGCGCAAGUCCGACCGGUCCCAAGUGCCAGUCUCACCUUGGCCACUAAUCCAGGGACCCAAAUCCACUUCAGGGAAGGGACUCGGACGUAUCUUAGGAGCUGCCCCCUCCCCGUGUCUCAAAAGGGAUCCAGCCAGAUCCAGGGGAUUUUCGGGGAAUCUAAGGAAGCCUUUCAGUCAAAGAUUUGAUUGGCAAAGAGAUCAGAUUUCAGAGCGACGUUUUUGUGUUACGGAACAAAAGGUGAUAAUGAAACACUUCCAUUAAGAAGAGAAAUAAAAUGGAUAUUGUUGCUAAACAACUUAAUUCCCGAAGGAUUAAAUGAAGGUAUUCAAUAUUUACCAUUGAUUUGAUUCUUGCUUUUUCCUUUGUUGUUUCCUGAAGUCUUUGCCACAAGGAUAUUUUUGCUCGAAGCUUAUUAUUCUAUUCAGCCAGAUACAUUGGUUAGUUUCUUUUUUUAAAAAAAAACAACAACUAACAUUAGAAAUAAUGUUCUUUUUCGAACGGAGCUUUCUGGUGGACUUCUAACCAUUAAGUUUAAUCUGUUUUUCUGUGGCUUUAUGAAUAAUUAAAGGGAAAAAGAGCAUGGAGGCGUUUUUUGAUCGACCUGUUAGAGAAUUUGUGAGUUUAUCUGAUUUUCAGCCUGAAACAGUCGAAAGGGAUAAGGAAGAAGAUGUUUCUAAAACACAGAGUUCAUUAGCUUAGCCGUUUCCUUUCUAAAAGUGGACACUUUUUUUCAUUUCUGCAAAUGGCGGUUCUCUAGAUUAGCUGCAGGUUAUCUGAUAAUAUCUGUUCAAGGAUAAAAAUAAGUACUCCUCCGCCUAAGGUGUCUGUCAUUUGAAAACGGGCCUCCUUAGAUGUGGAGGCAGGUGCUGCAUAAUGCAGGAUGUUAGUCAUGCCUCAUUUCUGACAUGCAGCUUUUAACGGGAUAAAACGGUUCACGGUGAGCCGCUUUAGGUGGCUCUGUUUUACAGCGGCCGUUCUGGAAGAGAGAACCGAGAAUCGAAGAUGCAGAAUGGGCCACUUAACCCUGGGAAUCCCACGAGGAAAACUGUCUUCCCUGCAGCCCGCCUGGGGAAUGUGCCAGCCCCGGUUUGGCAGUGCUCCCGAGCCACAAUUCAUCCCAAAAUUUCUGUUGCUAAGCAAGAUGGUUGUUGUGAGUUUUGUCCCACUUUAAGACCUUUCUUAUCACGGUUGUUAAGUGAAUCCGGUCUCCUCAUUGACUUUGCUUGUCAGGAGGAUCCCAUGUCCCCCCGGGACGCUGUGGCCGUCAUAAAUAUGAGCCCAAAUUUUGAUCACGUGACCCUGGGAACGCUGCAACGGCCGUAAGUGUGACAAACGGUCCUAAGUCACUUUUUUUCAGGGCUGUCAUAACUUUGAAUGGUCACUAAAUGAACAGUUGUAAGUCAAGGACUACCUUAUUCUCCUUUUCCUGUUUUGUCCCCUUGCUUUACCGGUUGGAUUUCUGCUUGCCAGGCUGCUGCUGCGAAGGGCGAGGCAGGAGCCCUGGAAGGGAAGGGGGGCCCCCACCCUCUUUAGAAGGGGAAGCGCGCAAGGCAAGAAAUUAACCAGCGUUUAUGCAGAUAAUCUGUAUUGGCAAUUACGGCAAUUAGAUCAGGUAGCUAAUUGCUACCUCGGCGGGCCUCGUUUUGUUUUGUCUCGGCGGAGCAGAGGGGAAGAGCCAAAGGUGGCUGCACCCGAGACAGGCGCCGGGAGCACAGGGGCGACUCUGGGUGCCCUCCAGCCAGGGGGGUCAGGUCUGGGGCCGGGUGAUGGUGAGCGAUCCACGGCUGUUCCUCCAGCCCCUCGGCCCCGUCCCCGAGCCUGGCUGGGCCCAGCUGCCUCCCUUCUGCUAGAUUUGGCCAACUGGGCUUAACCCGAGGGGGGGAAAUCCUUCCAAGGGCACCCCAGUUGGCAAAGCUCAUUUAUGGCCCAAGAGUGCAAAUUUAGAAAUAGUUUUAGGGCAAAGGGUCAGCUUGUUCUCCCAGAGUGGGUGAACAGAAUGGUGCAGUCCUGGUUUUUAAAUUUGGGAGUGGAUCCUGGUCACACCAUACUUUACCAUCGCUAGCAUAUAACUAUAGCAACCCUGAUUCUGCUCUAGCCACUUCCCCCAAGGGACCAUCCCUACACACUUCAACACUGGUUGACUGAGGGGAGCAAAGGAAGAAGCCUACAAGCAGAGGGGUGAAGGUCAGAGUCCCUACGGCUCCACUGUGACCCCAGGGCUGCCAGCAGCUGCCCACCCGGGAGGCCAGGUUUGCACCAGUAAAGGGCCUGGCCGUCUGGGUGCCCCCUCUGUGACAGCUUCUCUUCCUUCCCUCCGAUUCCCAUCGGCCCAGCUCCUACCCCAAUUUCUUAGCUCUUCUGGGAGGGGGGUGUCGGCAGCAGCCUUGGAAAAGGCUUGUGAAAGGCCAGGAGGAAGAAUUAGCACCUGUGCCUCAUUAGCGGCACAGUAAUUAGCUCCCUUGACGGGUGCCAGAAAGAAGCCGCCAAGAUGCCCAGAAACCAAAAGGCAGGGCAGGAGUCCAGUGGCACCAUAUGCCCAAGGUCUGGGCAUCGCUGGCAAAGGCCUUCCGGGUCUAGCCGUAGACCAGGGGUCUGCCUGUGCUGGCUGGAGAGGGUCCACCAGAAGCAACGACUCGGCGGUCUGGCUGGAGGGGAUGCCAAGACGGGGAUGCCCAGCCUUGCUGGCAUGAGCUGCAAGUGGCUGGCAUCGUUUAGUCCAGGUGCCCCAAAGCCUCAGACUUCGGAAGUGGUGCAGAAUUCUUCCCCUAUCUUGGGAAAUGCUUAUUAGUGCAUAAAAGUUAUUUCACGGUGUGCAUUAGUGUGUGUGAGAGAGAUGCACCAACAACUCGUAUAAUUGCUACUUCCCAGUUUGCGUCUUCCCCUUGGAAGACCUGAACGGGCAAAUGAGGGGCCUCUAAUCCAGAGAGCACAACUGCAUGUGAACACGGCUGAGUGUUUUGAACUGACAGGAGGAAAGCUGUGACGGAUAGAGAGAUGUUGAAGAGUGGCGCAGAAAUGAAAGCUGUAUGUACUUCU